GAACAAUUCAUUAAUAGAAUCACAAUAGUUUAUAUGUUUAUGGUUACUUCAAAAUGAUGAUGGUAAAUAUUUUAUUGCUAAUAGUUUUUUGCGUUUUAAUAACCGAUGCAACAAGUAGUGAUACUUGCACCAAAGAGACCAGUCCCAAGACAGUCUUUAACAUUAUUAAAAGAAAGUAUAAUUGGAGCCAGUCAAUUAAAGCAUGUCAAGAUGAGGGUGCGACAUUGGUCAGUAUUCAAACAAAAGAAAAAAGUGAUGCCAUAUACAACUUCCUUAUUUCUGAAGGUAUUAGUUCAACAGACGUACAACAUGCUAUUUGGACAUCUGGAAAUAAGCUAAAAGACAAAGUUAAUUGGUUUUGGCUAGCUCAGGAACCAGUUGUUUUUACUAACUGGGCGAAGGGCGAACCUAAUUAUAAACAAUCAUCAGAAUAUUGUAUUAAUUUUUAUAACAACGGAUCGUCCGCUGUAUGGAACGAUGAAAAUUGUGAAAUCGUUGAUUUUUACCCGCUUUGUGAAAAACCCGUUUGUAGUGCCUUAAUUCCACUUCCACCUAAAGAAGUCAGAGAAUUACAUUGUCAUUGUCAUUGUGGAAAUAACUGUCAAGCUGAUCCGGGAAUAGCUGUAUGAGGCUUAAAGUGCUUAAGAAAAGUUUAAUAAUAAAUAUAAUAUGUUAAAAAAGAACAGUAAUUCUAACUUUUUUCAAUUAAUAUCAACGUUAAUCUAUU